AUGGACGUCAUUGUCCGCACAUCUCGUACGGCUGUGCCGCUGUUCCUUGGCCUUCGAGCUCGCGAGUCAGCUGGACUUGACUCCCCGGACAAUCUGCCAUCGACUCUGCUAUCGACACCAGCAAGCCAGGACAAGGAAGACGACGCUGCCACAGACGGUCAGGUCUCCAGUGCUCAGAUCGAACAAGAAGCUUCAAUCUUCUUCCCCCUCACGGAGGAGCAAGUCGAAGCCAAGAACAGUGCAUUCAUUGACUCGAUCGACAAGGAUGCCGUCUGCCAUGUGGCCUCUAAGCAUUGUGGAGGAGGGGCUUGCAGCAUCAUUGAUGAGAAUCAAGGCAGCUUUAAUAUCUGCUUCUUUGUUCGCUUCGAAUCCAACGAAAAGACGUGGGUUUUGAGGAUCCCAAUCGUGCCUAUGGUUCGUGAUACAUGGGGCAAGCUCUUGAGUGAGGUGACUACGAUGCGAUAUAUCGAAAGCAACACUACGAUUCGCAUCCCUCGCGUCCACGCAUACGGAGAAGACGACACUUUAGUGAAAGGCGCUUCAACGCCAUUUAUGAUUAUGGAAUUUAUCCCCGGGCGGCAACUUGAUAUAGAUACUUGGAUGCAUACUACAGAAUCGCAACGGAAGAAUCUGUAUAUUGAUCUUAUCAAUGUUUUUGGGCAGCUACGCAAACUUGAGUUUUCUGCGGCAGGCUCGCUGAUGCCGAAUCCAAUCGAUGAAGCGAAUCCCAUACUUGGCCCCUUCCUUUCAAUAACUGACAACGGAGUCGAAGGAAGCUUCGCAACGCUGGCCACCCCAAGGGUUUUCAUAUCCACGGCGCAAUUUGCAGAUUAUCAUUGCAACUUUCUGUCAGAGACGAUCCAGCAACCCGUCCAGGAGCCCAGUUUCAACCAAACAAAGAUAGAACAAUUCGCGUUGGACAGUCUACUGAAGGAGAUCCCCAAGUGCAUCGACUUAAAGGAGCCUAGCCCUUCAUUCGUACUCGCCCACCCAGAUCUCAGAUGUGGUAACAUCCUCAUCGACGAUGACUUCCACAUUCUCGCAAUCAUUGACUGGGAGUUUUCCGGUACGAUUCCGCUACAAUUGUUCACGCCGCCACCAUGGAUUAUGGGACACGAUCCCGCUACCCUCCUUUUCUGCACCGGUGUUCCCCGACGCGAUAUUUUUCCGGAAUUCCGCACACUUCUCAUGGAAAUGAGGAACUCAUCGAGCGCUUGCACCCAGCUCUGUCAAGAUUGGGGAUUGCAGGACGAAGCCGUGCAGCAUCAAUUCGUGCAAAAAGUGUCGCCUAUCAUGGAAAUCUUUCGCCACCCCUCUAAACUCCAGAAUAUAUACCAGAUGUCCAUCUUUGAACGCGUAUACGGAUCCAAAGCAUGCAGGGAGACGGUGGUCAACGACUUCUUCGAGAAAGAUGAGAACCAGGCGCUUGCGCAACGAGCUGAGCUUCAAAUGCGGAACUCUGAACGCUACACCGAAUAUCUUGUGAAACAUGGGCUGUUCGUCGAGGAUCAUCGGGCUCAGAAAAUCCGAGAACUUAUUGAAAUGACGAACAAAACAUUGGAGCAAGUCCGCCUAUCGAGUCAAGCCCGCCGUGCACAAGACCCCGACCUCUAUUCCUAG